AGAGAUUAGAAGAAAGCUAUCAGGACUACAGUGUCUCAGUGAAGCCAUGGCCUCGAGUCUUCCUGUCCUCCUGCUGGUCCUCUGCAGUCUUGGUGUGGCUCAGGCCUUAUUGGAGGUGGAUAGUCUGCGGGCAAGAGGUCUUAAAGGUGACGCGACCUCCGCAGCAGACUGCUAUGUCAAGCUGUUCUAUGACUCAAGAAGUAUGGGUAUGACAUCGUUCAUAGUUAACAAUAACAACCCCUGGUGGGAUGACAAGUUCGCCUACCCUGCAGCAGUGCAGGGCGGCAUACUGAAGGUUGAAGCUUUUGACAAGGACCUCAUGUUUGAUGACAAGCUGGGAUCCUGCAACUAUGUGCUGAAGCGGGGAACCUGGGAUCACGAAUGCUACCUGGCGAAAGGUGGUGUCCUCUCUUUUCGCUACAAGCUCACCUAAGAGCUAUGCAUAGACAUCUCUCAGACUAGGUCUGAGGAAUAAUUUCAUAAUGUAUCAUUUCUAAGCAACUAAGCUUUCAGUGCUUAUGUUCUCUGUCCAGAAAAAAUUGUCACUCAAACUCCUCAAUCAUCAUUCUGGUGCCUUUGUUGCACUGCAUCAUAAUCUAUUUUACCCUGUUUCCAAUGUUAUCAAUAAGAAAUAAACUGCUGCAACAAGCAAA